AUGACUGCUCCAAAAUAUGUCGGUGCUUCAGUCUUUUCACCAACUACAACUACUUCCUCUAAUCUUAAUAUAUUGAACAACCAUCCGCACCCACCAACUCAGCCUUAUAAUCAUCUGCCAACCCAAUAUGGUCAAAAUAAUACAAAUACUGCACAAUACGUCCAUAACGUAAUGUCAGUUGCUUCUUUGAACAAUAACAUCUCCUCCGAUACAAAUAUUAUUGGCAUUCAAAACAAGAGUGGUAAUAUGGAAAACGAAAUUAGAUCCCAAAACACCACUACGGAUACAGACGUCGACGUCGAUGUACACAUAGAUGUUAACGAUGAUAUGAAUAUAAACGAUCAUUCUAGCUCUUUACCAACUAGUUCUGGAAGGAAAACAGCUAAGAAAUCAUCAAAGGAAAACUCACUUAAGAAUCCAUCUUCUUGGGAUCCUGAAGAUGAUCUUUUACUACGUCAUUUGAAGGAAAUAAAGAAAAUGGGAUGGAAAGAAAUUGCUCAAUAUUUUACCAAUAGAACUCCUAACGCUUGUCAAUUUAGAUGGAGAAGAUUGAAAUCUGGUAACUUAAAAUCAAAUAAAACUGCUUUAAUGGAUGUCACUGAAUAUCAUGGUACUUUAGAGAUUUUAAAUGCUGAUCCUACAAUUUCUAGCAAUAAAAAUUCCUCUACCAAGAGAGAAAGUGUCUCGAACCUAAAAUCAGAUCAUAUUAUCCAAAACGGCAUUACUAAUACAUCUACAAAAUAUGCUCUUUCUACUAUUGCCGUAGCUGAAACGCAAGUCCCUCGUUCUACUAUCGUAAAUGAUACUCAUAUCGUUCCAUCACCUCCAUUCCCAAUAAAAAAUUCUAACGCUGUACAAUUAGAUAAUGAAGAGAUGAUAAUACCAAAUAAUAGUAAUGCUUUUAUUCAACCUAAAAAUAGCUCUUCUACUACCGCUACUACUACUAAUACAAACUUCAUAAACUCAUUUAAUGGCUCCAAUAUUUUGCCAGUUCCAAUAAGCCAACAACAAUCCUUCAAUAAACCGAGAGCUAACUCCCAUUCCUUCACUAAACCUUCAAUAGUUACGCAAUAUAAUCAAUGUAAUGGAAUUACCACUGAAGAUGGAGAACAUUCUGGUUUUAUUCCAAAAGUCUUUGUCAAAUCAAGAAGAAGUUCAUUGGCCUUUUUACCUCCUCUAUCUUCUAAUUUGGCAACAUCCCCUCCUGUCAAUAGUAGUAUUAAUGCAGCAUUGAAUAUCACCUUAGUGACUUCCAAAUCAAGAAAAAACUCAUUUGCUAGUUGGGCAUCAAGAAGAUCAUCAUUUUCUAUCUCAAGUUCCACUCCAUCUAGACGUUCUUCUAUUAUAAUGGCACCAACCUCCAUAAGUAGUACAUUAAAUCCAAAAUCAAGAAGAGAAUCUCUUGUUAAGAAAGAUUAUUAUCUAAAUCGUCGGACCUCAAAUGUCAAUGAUACUACAACAACAAACACCACUACUAUAUUAUCACCAACUGCUACAUCUAAUAACCAUUCAAAUCAUUUAUUUGCUAAUUCUAAUACUUUCCUUGAUUCAAAUACAUCAAUCGCUUCACAAGAACAAAGGAAAAACUCUAGAUCUUUGUCUAUUUCAGCAAAUACUAAUCACAAUAAUAAUAAUAAUCUUUCACAAAGAUUUUUCGCAUCAAAUAGAUCACCUAAUGAUUGGACUAAAGAAGAAGAUGCACUAUUAAUAGAAAAUAAUUCAAGAAACUUAUCAAUAAUGGAACUAUCAAUCCUUUUACCAAACAAAUCUGAAUCAGAAAUUCAAUCUAGAAUUAAUAAUAUCAUUUGUGAAGGUCCAGAACAACAAUUUAAUAAAACUAUGGAUGGUUAUAUCUCACCAUCACAUUCUCCAACAAAGACCUCUCCUCGUUCCACUACCAAUUCUUCCUCUAAUAGAAGAUUACCAUCACCUGAUAACGGCCCUGCUGGCAAAGAUGAUGAACAUAUUGAUCCAUUGUAUAACAAACACAAUCAUAUUCGUCAGAAUGAUAACAGAACAAAGGGAAAGUUGACCGUUGAUAAUAAUAAUAAUAAUAAUAGUAAUAAUAAUAAUUCACCAAACUCUACCAAAAAUAUAUCUCCGAUUCCUACACCAACACUUUCAUCAACUACUGAUAAUGAAGAUAAUAUCUCAGUAGAUACUUCAACAACAAAUACUACAGCCACUAUAAUGAAUUCAACAUCCAAUAAAUUCGAUUUUGGUGUCUACAAUCUACAUUCUCAAAGUGUUACACCAAGGAAUAAUAUUUCCAUAACAUCAAUCAAUGAUAAUAACAAUAUCGUAACUAAUUCCAAUAGAGAUACCAUUUCUAAUAAUAAUAACAACGCUAGCAAUAGUAACAAUAACAAUUCUCAUUUACCAAGUAUAAACACAAUUUUUAAAAAUAUGAUGUAA